AUGUCGAUCUUCCUCAUCACAGGCGUAGCCCGAGGUAUCGGCCUCGAACUUGUCAAUCAACGUUCUUCAGACGCUUCUACCGUCGUCGUCGCCACAGUCCGUACCAUAUCACCUGAAUUGCAGCGCCUCCAGGACGAACGCAACAAUGUCCGUAUCGCGAUCUGCGACAUCUCCUCUGUCGACUCCAUUACCUCACUCAGCACCACGCUUGGACACAUCCUUUCAUCCGACGAGAAAAUCACGCAUCUGAUCAACAACGCAGGCGUUGUCGCACACCCUGAAGCCAAAGCUACUUCCAUGACCGCCAAAGCGCUUUCAGAGAAUAUGGCAACGAAUGUGCUGGGACCAGCCAAGGUCGUUGAAGUGUUGCUCCCCUUCCUUGCGCCCCAUGCCGUCAUUGUGAACAUCACCAGUGGAAUGGCAUCCCUACAGAUGGUCACUAGCGGCAGAAUACCAGCGGCAGCGACCGCUUACAGUCUUUCCAAAGCUGCGCUCAACAUGCUCACCGUGCAUCAAGCGCAGGAGCUGAAAGGGAGAUAUCGGGUUGCGUGCUUGGAUCCAGGUCAUGUAAAGACGAGGCUAGGCGGAGACAGAGCAAGUGUUGAGAUUCGCGAGAGUGCGGCUGGUAUUCUCAAGAUGGUGCAAGGCUUAGACGAGGACAAGGAAGGCGACCGUGACAAUGGACGAGCAAGGUUCUUAGAGUUUUCGGGUAGAGAGAUGCCGUGGUGA